AUGGAUAACCUUCGCCUAACAACAGCUCUCAACUCGUUUACAUUACCAGUCAAUGCCGAACAACAUCAACCUUUAUGGGAAACCAUGCAACAAAAUGCAUACUUUUGUCUACAGCGCACAAAGUUUGGCAGAUUUUCAUUUAUACACAACGUGGUUGGCACAAUGCAGAGCGUCUUGGAUACCAGUAAACAGCUACCCUAUCGACUUCUUUACCAAUGUGCGGAUGGUGCCUGGUGGCAGAUUGGUGCUACAGAUAAUGAAAAGAAUGCCAACAUGGUUUGGACCUGGAUUUAUGAAAACUUGUAUCCAUCGCUGAGGAUGCUUGAUGAUGCCGAAAAGGAUGAAUUCCUCCAUAUCAAAAUCAGCUCUCUUGUGGCACGUAGAGAUGGAGAAAGCGAUGAUACAAAAGACCAUGAUCAUUCAACAUCGACCUAUUUUCGACACAUUUUCGACUUGGCCGAGACCGAGCGUCUAGUCAAUUGCUAUUCUUGCGGAUACUCGGUAAACUGGUUCACUAGUCAAGGAUGGCUCUACAUCAGUGAAAACUACCUUGGCUUUUAUUCGUCAUUUUUGGGAUAUGAGACCAAAGUCUUGAUUGAGCACAAGGACGUGGAAAUCAUUACAAAGGAGAAAUCGGGCGUGUUUUCCAAUGCCAUCAAAGUAGUGAGCAAGGACGAUGGUGAGACUCAGCAUCUCUUUUCAAACCUUCUUGAUCGGGACGCGGUUUAUGAUGAAUUGAUACAAUUGACCGGGGUUGCCAUGCAACGCGUACUCAAAAGUGCAGCUCUGGAAUACCACUUGUGUCCUUCUAGUUCCGAUUCAUGCAGCACCGCCAACAUGAGUGACAGUAGCAACAGCAGCAGCACUACUCGGCGUAACAGUAGCACACAAGCUGGUGCAACCUUCUCCUCACAGCCUUUGAAAAAAGACCUGGAAGCACAACGCCGAGAUGAGCAUUUUCGAAACAAAUUCAGAUUACCUUGUACCGAGAACUUGCUGCUUCACGUUGGUGCUACACAAUUCAACAACCCACAUCAUCCCAUUCGUGGCCGCCUAUCGCUCUCUCCCGCUUUUUUGAUAUUCCAUGCUAUUGACAAUGAUUCAACAACGGCACAACAACAACAAUAUGAAUGCGUGAUACCCCUUUGUGCCAUACGACAAAUUGAGCGCCUUUUGGAUAUCAGCUUUAUGCUUUCAAUCAAGAUCACUGAUUGCUAUCAAAAUACCACCAAGUUUUGGUUUGAGCAUAUUAACAGAGACGAGUACGAAGAAAUUUGGUAUCAUCUGACAACAAAUACACGUCAACAACAAGAGCGCCUCCAAGCAACCACCGACCAUCUUAUUACAUGGCUUCCCUCAGAACGUUUACUACGACAUGAGAAGGCACACAGUGACAUCACUGAUGCACCUGGUGGUGGGUUGGGGCUAUUGUUUGGCUUUCCAGGUGAUGAGAUCAAGACGAGAGACAAGGUCAAGAUGGAGUUAUGGAAGGAUUACUUUGAAGCACAUGGGCGCAACUUGAUGAUAGCCAAGACUCGCCGAUUUGCACAGCUUGUUCAUGCAGGACUACCCAAUCGUUUACGGGGUGAGAUUUGGGAGAUAUGUACUGGUUCAAUUUACGAGCGUGUCAUGAACCCGAACAUUUACCGAAGCAUCCUUGAUGAAAACAAGCACAAAAAGUCAUCAUCUCUUGAAGAGAUUGAAAAGGAUUUGACAAGAUCACUUCCAGAAUACCCAGCAUAUCAAACACCAGAAGGCAUUGCACGUUUACGACGUGUGUUGACAGCGUAUUCGUGGAAAAACCCAGAGCUGGGGUAUUGUCAAGCUAUGAAUCUAGUGGUAUCCGUAUUCCUGAUCUAUAUGAGCGAAGAACAAGCGUUCUUCAUGCUUACAAAGCUUUGUGAAGACAUGCUACCGGGCUAUUAUGGUCCUUCAAUGUAUGGCGCUUUAUUGGAUGAGCAUAUCUUUGAGGAGAUGUUACGAGACGCCAUCCCUGAUUUGCAUCAACAUGUUUCAAAAACCGGGAUCCAGCUAUCCAUUUCAUGCAUGCCAUGGUUUUUGACACUGUUUGUCAGCUCAUCAAUGCCGCUCUUAUUUGCAUUUCGGGUGAUGGAUUGCUUUUUUAUGAAUGGGCCUCGAGUGCUUUUCCAAAUUGGCUAUUCUCAAGAUAAACAAGGAGCUGCUUUUGCAAGCUAA